AUGCCUUUUGCUGUGCUCCUAUCUCAGUUUAAAUCUGCCUCCUCACAAGCGACCUCUUCUCUCAAUUCUUCUACCAAUACGCUUAGCCACUUCCACUCUAACCAACAAAGUCAGUCAAAACGUCUUGCAUAUACCGAAAUGAUGGUUCACCUUGUUCACCACGCCCUGGCCGCUGCGCUGCAAGUGUGUCAACAGAGCACUCAUACGAACUAUCCUCUUGACUCGUCUUGCCUAUCCGGCUUCGCAGCUGAUACACAGUCUUUGCGACGUCCCUGUCGGGCUCGACCUCGUUUUCACUUACCCCGGCGCUAUCGCCAGCUUGCUAAUUUACCAGACUUGCUGGAACGACCUUUUUCUUCAGGACUAAAGGCCUCGAACUUCGCUGUUAGUACGGAAUAUUCGACUAGCUCGACCGGAAGCCAAGAUGGCUCUGCGUCUACAACAGGUUCGUUGGUUCGAGCCGCACUUGCCGCCGUAGAGUACGCAAGUGUGCUUGGCCGUGGUCUACUUUCAAAGCCGAGCAGCAUUAGCCUUUAUAUGUUCGGCAGUGAUAGAGAAAGUGCCGCUAUUUCCGAUAGAAAGAAUAAAGAUGCUGAAAUCGCAUCGGACGCUGAUUGUGGAACCGGCUUACAUUGUUCUGAAGGUAACGACACCUCAAUUAGCCAGUCAUCCUUGAAACCCUUGGCCAAAGGAACCAAAGAUUCUGGAAAAAUCCAGGAUAUGACCAAAUGUACGGAUAGUGAAGAUGAUGAUGCCAGUGAGACCUGCGAUGACUACAGGACUGAUGAUGGCGAUGACGAUGAAAAUUUACAAGAUAAUGAUGAUCAUAAAGAGGAUCGGAAGCCUUGCAAGUGCAGUGAUGGGGUUGUGAAGAAAACAUUCGAUGUCACUAAGUGCUCUUUAUCUGAAACUGCUUUGCUGGCUCGCGUGGUAUCGCUUGUUUAUCUACGAGUGGCAAAUUUGCUUUCUGAACUAGAAGCGGCCAUCUCUCAGGCUGGCUGGGGUUCGAAUCUUUCUGAGAGUUCACUAGUUUCCACUGCUACCAAUACCACCUCUACCUCCUCCACUACUCCCUCUGAGCAUCAGAUGGUCUCGUCUGUGGUGCCAAAGCAGAAAACUUGUGAGCGUCAGCUUGCCUCACUUGCAGGUCUACUGCAAGAAGCUCCAUCUCGUGCACUUGUCACCUGGAUGGACUUACAGACUCCUAUGGAUGUGGCUUUAUCAAAGGGAUCUGUGUUGAAUCAUCUGGUUGCUGCUCAGGCUUCAUCGUCAUUCCUCUUGGGCAUCUCCAGCCAGUCCUCUAUCUCCAUAGCUGAUAAAAAGAGCUCCGCUUCGAGUACUAGUGGCUUUGGACCUGACACCUUACAUGGUAUGUGUGCUGGUGAGAAAACCAGUCUUAUUAGCAGAUAUGCUGACCUCGAGGCUCUUCACAUCGCUGGUUUACCACGGUCGAUCACACUUGCUCUGCACAGACCUCUUUUGAUCAACAUUCUCCUUCUUUGGACCUCAUGCCUUAAGAAAGCGGCAGACAAGUUAGAUCUUGCUAGCGAGGCCAGGCUAAAAGGAUGCAAAUCCUCCCAAAAGCAAGAUCCUGUUCUUGUUGAGUUAACGUAUCUAGUAGAGUGGAUCUCUUGGGCAAUACUUAAUCAUGGUGCGUUUAUUAUUUUUUGCUUUAUCUGUUCACUUAUAAUGAAUUCGCAUCCUGCGUAUAUACUACAUUCAUGUUUGGGUGAAAAGCUAGAGUUAUUAGUCGAGCCUCUUUACAAAAUCUGUGCUAAUUUCCUUUGA